ACUCUGCCGCAUAUUGCUUCUGACUGGCUCCGAGAUUCUCCGUCCAGGUCUACGAUAGUGACUCGCGAAGAGGUGACUGAGAUGGACAGCCUCGCCCUGGCAAGCGGAGGAGAGACCAUGGCCUCGCUCCUUGAAACCCCACUGAGCGAGGCGGGUUCCUUCGACAUUUUGAGUUUAAUUUCCACGGCCAGCCCUGGGGCGGUCAACUUCUUUACUGAGACUGUCCUGAAGCAGCUGGACAGGUUCGAGAGCGUGGAAGCUCGUAUCGCAGUGACUGGGGAAUCCGUUGGAGGCAGGUCCUCGUUCAUCGACGCCAUACGGAAUGUUCCGGACAACGAGGCAGGAGCCUGUCCCGCUGGGGGGUCGGUCACCGAGCCCACAAAUUACAAAUUCCCGAGCACCAACGCGCUGCAGAUCUGGGAUCUUCCUGCGAUCGGGAGCCCAGACUUUUCAGCCGCGGAGUAUUUGGACCAUGUGGCAUUUCACCGAUUCGACGCCUUCCUGAUCCUCAGCUCCGAUCGCUUCACAGAGAAUGAGUUACUCCUGGCCAAGGCCAUUCAGAAGAGGCAGAAGAAUGUCUACCUCGUCCGCAUGGAGUCAGCGAGUGACCCCCUCCUGCCUGGAGGUGAACAACGGGAGGCAUCGCCAAACGACGGGCUGAAGGAGCAACUUCCGAAGGUUUUCCUUGUUACCAGCUGGCGACCGGGGAGCCUCGGCUUUGAGGAGCUGCUGCUGGACUUGGCACAGGAUCUUUCUGAGCUGAAGAAACGCGCCUUUCUGUUCGCCGUGCCCUGCGUCACCUCCAAGAUUGAGCAGGCGAAGAAAGAGCUCAUGAUGAACGAAAUUUGGAAGGUGGCCGCCAGGCCCAUUUUGGUGAACAUGAUGCCUAUCCCCGUGCUCUCCGAUAUGUGCGGCAUGACCCAGUUGGUCGCCACAUUGACCUCCUACCGCAAGGCCUUCGGGCUGGAUGAGGAUUCCCGUGGCCGGUGGGCGAAGAGGGUGGGGAGGAAGCCAGAGGAGUUCUCCUCGGCCGUGACAUCCACGUUCGGGCUGGCGGUGUGUGUCAGUGCUGUCAAGAAGCAGAUUGCCAAGGCUGCACAGUCAGGGAGGAUCCUGGCGACGCUUCUGAACGUGGUGCCAGUGGUUGGGCAAAUGGGAUCGGCCACAUUGAGCUACAGACACACCCUCAGCAUGUUGGAGGCAGCGGUGGGCGAGAUGGCACAGGACAGCGAGAGGCUGCUGCAGAAGGUACUCCCACUGAAAUAAGAGAGGGCACGGACUGAUCCAGGCACACACUCACACACACACGCACACUCAAACACACACACACUCUCACAUACUUACACACGCGCACUCAAACACACACA